AUGGGGGACGAUAACCUUAUGGGGGACGAUAACCUUAUGGGGGACGAUAACCUUAUGGGGGACGAUAACCUUAUGGGGGACGAUAACCUUAUGGGGGACGAUAACCUUAUGGGGGACGAUAACCUUAUGGGGGACGAUAACCUUAUGGGGGACGAUAACCUUAUGGGGGACGAUAACCUUAUGGGGGACGAUAACCUUAUGGGGGAUGAUAACCUUAUGGGGGAUGAUAACCUUAUGGGGGACGAUAACCUUAUGGGGGACGAUAACCUUAUGGGGGAUGAUAACCUUAUGGGGGACGAUAACCUUAUGGGGGACGAUAACCUUAUGGGGGACGAUAACCUUAUGGGGGACGAUAACCUUAUGGGGGAUGAUAACCUUAUGGGGGAUGAUAACCUUAUGGGGGACGAUAACCUUAUGGGGGACGAUAACCUUAUGGGGGAUGAUAACCUUAUGGGGGACGAUAACCUUAUGGGGGACGAUAACCUUAUGGGGGACGAUAACCUUAUGGGGGACGAUAACCUUAUGGGGGACGAUAACCUUAUGGGGGACGAUAACCUUAUGGGGGACGAUAACCUUAUGGGGGACGAUAACCUUAUGGGGGACGAUAACCUUAUGGGGGACGAUAACCUUAUGGGGGACGAUAACCUUAUGGGGGACGAUAACCUUAUGGGGGACGAUAACCUUAUGGGGGACGAUAACCUUAUGGGGGACGAUAACCUUAUGGGGGACGAUAACCUUAUGGGGGACGAUAACCUUAUGGGGGACGAUAACCUUAUGGGGGAUGAUAACCUUAUGGGGGACGAUAACCUUAUGGGGGACGAUAACCUUAUGGGGGACGAUAACCUUAUGGGGGACGAUAACCUUAUGGGGGACGAUAACCUUAUGGGGGAUGAUAACCUUAUGGGGGACGAUAAUGUUCACAGCGAAAUGCGAAUGGCACACGAUUGGUUCUCACGCAAAGUGUCCUCCUCUCUUGUCACUUUGUUACUUGUCGCUGUUCGCUUAUUAGUCCGGUUGAAAAUGUAUUAUAGAAAGCCAAAAUGUCAUUGUUAUUUUCCGUGCCUGCGGCAACAAAAUAUAAGCACAACAGUGGCGCGCGUUAGGGAAAUCAACCCGGCAGCAGCAUACACAACCACAGCCAGGCGCAACCUCCCCCCCCCCCUCCUCACAAAGCGCACAAUUCCUCUCUUCCCUCGUCGCGCACACACGCUGACGCGGAUCUCACACACACGCAUAUGCAUACUAGAUAAUAUUAUAAUAUUAUCGUCUAUGACAUGGCCGCUCACACAACACAUAUACACAACACACACACACUUUCCUUCUCCUCCUCCGCCUCCGCUCGCUCCACCGCGCGUCUGUUGUCGUGCCUCCUCUCUCUCUGUUGCAGGAACAUUAUAUAUAUAUAUAUAA